AUGGUCUUGUGUGAAGCCGGCCUAACAGAUGCUUCAAGCCCAUGUCCUCGCUCCGUCACCUCUCUCGAGGACCCUCAGAUCCAUGUGGUCGAGUCCGGAGACGCGGACUCGAUGCCGGGCAUUCGUCUGCUCACCAAAUGUAAACCAAUAUCAACUCCGGAAUGCGAGGAUAUCGCCAAACUUCCGUUGACUCCGAUCCGCCCAGUCCGUCAACAGCCCGUCUUCUUCACACCGGUCCGACAGCCGAAGCGGCGAUCGUUGGUGGGCCGCGUUUUGACGAGGAUUUUCAAUUGCACUCAGCCGCAGAAGGUGAAGGAGAGGUUCGAAGAGACGGCUCCCACCAAAAAACAUCGGGAUUCACUGGUUCUGAAUGGUGUUCAAGACAAACGAAAGGGCUCGAAGGUGCUUUUUGCUUGGUUUUUGUUGAGUUUGCUUUUGUUUUUGGCUUGCUGUGCUUUGGUGAUGGUUGAUAUCUAA